UCAAUUUUAAUUUCUCUUAAAUCUUAGCCUAUUUAGCCUAUUUCUUUCAAUGUCUUUUUUUUUCCCAUAAGAGUACAAAAUAUUAUUCAUUACAAUUGAAUAAUUACUUUCAGAGAGGUGUUAUUUACUGCCUUGCAAUUUCCGUUAGAAUUUCUUAGUUAUACGAGUAUCUACACCCACCAAACCACCAACCCACCAACGUCAACUCGAGUGUAGUUUCUCCAUGUUUCACAACUUACAAGCACUAAAAAAACAAAAAACAAAAAACAAAAAAUAAAAAAGGGUCGAAAUCAUGAACAAUCCGAGCACUAAGAAAGGUUGCAAGUUGCCAAAUGGUGCUUUUGACGCGUAAGAGACGUACAAAAGACUUUGACCGUUUUAUUACACACAUGAACAAUCCAAGCCUUGUCGUGUUAACCAGGCAAAAAAAAAAAAAAAAAAAAAAAUCCAAGUCUUGUAUUAGGAUUGUCCUAAACUUGCACUUGGAUAGUCUCAGAAUCUCAGGGUUGAAAUCAUGUAGAUAUAAAAGUUUUUCAGGUCUGCAUAAACAAAUGCAACGUCACAAAGUACAAGGGACUGUUUCUUCAAAAUUUCCUCUACCAUUUUUCAAAUUAAACUCCUUGUUGAGAAGCUAGAAAUUGAAAGAAUAUGCUAAUUACAAGUUCUGACUCAUAUCCUAUGAUGGGUCAUCAUCCAAAUUUGGUUUUCCUUCUUUAUAUCAUCACAAGGCUUGGCAAUCUCACGUAUGCACAAACACCAUUUUGCUCAAACGGGGGAGUUUACUCCACAAACAGUUCAUACAACAACAAUCUAAAACACAUCCUUUCUUCUCUCCCUUCGAACAUCAUCGCCACCACCAGCGGCUUCUACAAUGUCACAGUCGGAAAAGAUCGCGACAAAGUCUAUGCACUUUCUCUUUGCAGAAGAGACCUGGCCUCUAAAGAUUGCUAUGACUGUAUAAAUUCUGCAACCAAAGCCGCCAUGGAGAAGUGUCCGAACCAGAAAGAAGCAAUCUUGUGGGGUGCCGGAAGCAUAUGCAUGUUAAGGUACUCGAACCGCGACAUCUUCGGUUCCAUGGAGGUAAAGCCUUCUUUUUCUAUGCCUAAUCCAAAUAACAUCUCCACAGAUUUGGAUAAGUUCAACAAGACUUUGCAUGGUUUGGUGGGAAGUCUUGUAGAAAAGGCUUCUUUGGGUUCUGAUGUGAAAUUUGGAGCUGGUUCUGUGAACAAUAGUGUGUAUGCAUUGGUGCAAUGCACACCGGAUAUCUCACAAGAUGAUUGUAGUGUUUGUUUGCGCGGCGCUCUAGAUGAGGUUUCGAAUUGUUGCGGUGGGAAGGAAGGAGGAAGGUUUUUUAGACCCAGUUGUUUUGUUUGGUUUGAGUUAUUUAAGUUUUAUGAUGAUCAGUUUGGUGGUUAUGAUGCAUCUCUUUCACCACCACUGUUAGGGAAUUCUCCAACAGAACCAGCUGUUACAUCUCCCCCCACAAGCGUAAAAGGCAACAAGAGUUCCACAUCUCAAACUGUUAUAAUUAUUAUUGUUCCUAUACUCGGCUUGGUGACUCUUCUUGCAAUCGGUUGUGCCAUUUUGCUAUAUAGGAGGUCAAGGCAAGGUCUACAUGACAAUGACAGGAACAAAAGUCUAGAGUCAUUACAGUUUGACCUCCGAAUGAUCAAGGAAGCAACGGACGACUUUUCUGAUGCUAACAAGCUUGGACAAGGUGGAUUUGGUUCAGUUUACAAGGGCAGACUUCCAAAUGGUCAAGAAAUUGCUGUGAAGCGGUUAUCGGGACAUUCUAAUCAAGGAGAAGAGCAAUUCAUGAAUGAGAUAUUGUUAGUGGCUAAGCUUCAACACAGAAACCUUGUUAGUCUUUUGGGUUUUUGCUCGGAAGCAAGUGAAAGACUCCUAAUAUAUGAGUUUCUAGGCAAUGGCAGCUUGGACCAUUUUAUAUUCGAUCCGAUCAAGCAUAUCGAACUAAAUUGGGAAUUGCGUUACAAAAUCAUAUGCGGGAUUGCUCGAGGAAUGCUUUAUCUUCAUGAAGAUUCUAAGCAUAGAGUUAUCCAUCGCGAUCUUAAAGCAAGCAACGUGUUGUUAGACGAAAACAUGAGUCCAAAGAUUUCAGAUUUUGGCAUGGCAAGGAUGUUCGUUAUGGAUCAAAGUGAAGCCAAUACUUGCAGACACAUGGGAACUUAUGGCUAUAUGGCUCCGGAAUAUGCAUUACAUGGACGCUUCUCAGUGAAGUCUGAUGUCUUCAGUUUUGGUGUCUUGAUUCUAGAGUUAGUGAGUGGUAAGAAGAACAGCUGGUGGGAUAGUUCAGAAGAUCUGGUGCACCUUCCGAGCUAUACGUGGAAAAAUUGGAGAGAAGGUACUGCUUUGAACCUGAUAGACUCAACACUCGACCGGGAAGGUUCAACAAGUUGUGAAAUUAUGAGGUGCAUUCAUAUUGGGUUACUGUGUGUUCAAGAAAAUGUGGAACAAAGACCCGCCAUGAAUUCGGUGGUUCUUAUGCUCACUAGCCACUCCAUGACUCUCCCUGUUCCUUCUCGCCCCGCGUUUUUCAUGUACAAUAGCACAGUAGCAGGGUCUAAUUCAAAGGAGACUGAGUCAGAGCAAUCUGCAGCCACAGACGGAACAACCUAUUUCUUUCGCACAUAAUGUACAUGAGCCUGAUUCAUCAAUUGGUAAUGCCCUCAUUUCAAAUAUGUGGCUUUAAAGGAAAUAACCUCAGAAACAUAACGGAAUCUUCUACAUUCAUGUGGUAUUUGGUCAUUUUUGUUGUGACUAUUGCUAUGUAUGUUCAUAAUUUAGCAAGUGAUUAGAUACUUUUGCAUAGAUGGCAUUCUUAGGAAUUAAUAUCACACUGAAUGUGAGAGCUACAUCAACUUUGCCACUGCGAUUUUCACCAUAAUCUGAGAACGUG